UGGCAAGCACCUUGUUCGUCAAACUUUUGGCAAAGAAUGCCGAAAAAGGGGCAACCGGUCAAUCCAUUCAGGCAACAAUACCAUACAUAAAGAAGGAAGUCCCGGUCGUGAUUGCAUUUCGCGCUCUUGGCGCCGUCUCAGAUCAAGAUUUUCUGCAAUAUGUUUGUUAUGAUCCGAAUGAUACCCAGAUGUUGGAGGCUUUGAAACCCUGCAUUGAAGAUGCGUUUGCUAUUCAGAGUUCUGAUGAAAUUCUGCAAAAAGAGUUAUUGCCUCAUGUCUCCGUUGAAUUUGGAUGUGAAAAACGUAAGGCGUUCUUCCUUGGAUAUAUGGUGCACCGAUUGUUACUUGCCGCUCUUGGACGUCGAGAAUUGGAUGAUCGUGAUCACUAUGGAAGGAAGAGGAUGGAUCUGGCGGGGCCAUUACUGGCGUCAUUGUUCCGCAUGUUGUUUAAAAAACUUACCAAGGAUGUCUCAUCGCACUUGAAAAAGUGCAUAGACACGAACCGGGAGUUUAACUUAAAUUUGGCGAUCAAGGCGCAAACGAUUACUAAUGGUCUAAAGUAUUCUCUUGCGACAGGUAAUUGGGGUGAUCAGAAGAAAGCCAUGCAGUCCCGCGCCGGUGUGUCUCAAGUGCUCAAUCGAUACACGUUCGCCUCAACUCUAUCUCAUCUCAGGAGGUGCAACACGCCCAUUGGGAGGGAUGGUAAGAUUGCCAAACCUCGACAACUGCAUAACACGCAUUGGGGCAUGGUGUGCCCUGCCGAGACUCCGGAAGGUCAAGCUUGCGGUCUCGUCAAAAAUCUUUCGUUGAUGUCAUAUAUAUCUGUUGGAAGUCCGUCAAAACCGAUCAUAGAUUUUUUGGAGGAGUAUGGCAUGAUCAAUUUAAAUCAACAAUUCGACCCAGCCAACAUCCAAGACAAUGCUAAGGUUUUUGUUAAUGGUAAGUGGGCGGGAAUUUCCACCACACCAGAACAACUGGCCAGCACGCUAAAAAAUUUAAGGAGAAAUUCGGAUGUUAGCCCUGAAGUUAGCAUUGUUCGAGACAUUCGCGAAAAGGAAUUACGAAUAUACACGGAUGCGGGUAGAGUGUGUCGGCCUUUAUUCCUUGUGGAAAAUGAACGUCUAAGAAUAACCAAAGCUCAUGUGCAGAGUUUGGGCGUCCACAAGAUCAAAAAUCGUCAGUCCGGACAUCAAUAUGAACAAGAUGACGAGUACUCAGAUGAUGAGGACAAUAUGGAGGAUAUUAUGGAUGAACAUGAGGAUGAUUUAGAUGGAACCCGCAAGAAGAAGCAAAAGAAGAAUCAUGAACAUCUUGCUUGGCAUGAUUUAAUUGGCAACAAUCUUAUAGAAUACAUAGAUGCCGAGGAAGAGGAGACGGUGAUGAUUUGCAUGACACCCGAGGAUCUGGCAAUAUCGAGGAGGUAUCAUGAGACAGGAAUAGUACCGCAAUUCGAUGAAAAGGAUAUUGCUGCACGUGUUAAAAGUGAAACAGCUUUACACAUACAUACUUUCACGCACUGCGAAAUACAUCCAAGCAUGAUACUCGGCAUAUGUGCGAGUAUUAUUCCAUUUCCAGAUCACAACCAAUCACCUCGUAACACAUAUCAAUCCGCUAUGGGUAAACAGGCCAUGGGUAUUUACGUGACAAAUUAUCAAUUAAGGAUGGACACUUUAGCAAACAUUUUGUAUUACCCACAAAAGCCCCUGGUAACCACAAGGUCAAUGGAAUUCCUGAGAUUUCGCGAGUUGCCAGCAGGUCAAAAUGCUAUUGUGGCGAUUCUUUGUUAUAGUGGGUACAAUCAAGAAGAUUCUGUUAUCAUGAACCAAAGUAGUAUAGACAGAGGACUAUUUAGAAGUAUUUUCUACAGGAAUUACAUGGAUCAAGAAAAAAAAGUGGUAUAUAACUGGUCUAGGUUUGAAGUUGAACGAGCAAAUGUUUCCAGUAACGAGGGUAUGCUAAGAAUGGAAGAGUUUGAGAAACCCACGAGAGAGAAUGUGCUUCGCCUUAAACACGGAACAUAUGAAAAAUUAGAGGAUGAUGGUUUAAUUGCUCCGGGCACGAGAGUUUCGGGGGAUGAUAUAAUUAUUGGAAAAGUUACGCCAAUACCUUCCGAUGCGGUUGAACUUGGUCAGAGGUUACCUUCCCACUCAAAAAGAGAUGCCUCCACACCAAUGCGAAGCACGGAAAAUGGCAUCGUUGAUCAGGUGAUGGUGACGACAAAUGCGGAAGGAAUGAAGUUUGUAAAAGUGCGAGUUAGAAGUACACGAGUUCCGCAAAUGGGAGACAAGUUUGCAAGUAGGCACGGUCAGAAAGGUACCAUCGGUAUUACAUAUCGGCAAGAAGAUAUGCCAUUCACCGCCGAAGGGAUUACUCCGGAUCUUAUCAUCAAUCCCCACGCAAUUCCAAGUCGUAUGACAAUCGGGCACUUGGUCGAAUGUUUGUUAGGCAAGGUUUCGACGAAAACCGGAAACGAAGGUGACGCCACGCCAUUCACCGAUGUGACGGUCGAAGCCAUUUCUCAGAGUUUGAAGAAUGUGGGAUACCAGUCUCGAGGUUUUGAGGUUAUGUACAACGGUCACACGGGACGUAAGCUGGCAGCCCAAAUUUUCCUGGGGCCUACAUACUAUCAGCGUUUAAAACACAUGGCGUUAUGUUACUCCCUACUACUGUUUAACCGGGCCCGGUACAGAUUCUUACAAGACAACCUGUUGAAGGUCGCAGUCGAGAUGGUGGGCUGCGUUUCGGUGAAAUGGAACGCGAUUGAACGAUUGUUUGACGCAUCGGACGCCUAUCGUAUCCACAUCUGUGAUUUAUGCGGGCUGAUGGCCAUCGCAGACCUUAAAAAGAAUAUCUUCGAUUGUAAGGCCUGUAAAAAUACCACGCAG